CACAUCCAGGAGAAUGACAGAAGACCGAGCUCUGCGUUUCUAAUGGCCAAAUACAUUAAAACAUUUGAAUUAUAGCUGUUUUAAUUAGUGUUUCACAAAUUAUAGAAGCAUAUUGUGAUUCAUCGAACAUAAAAGUCCACCAAUGUGAAGAAAAAACGUUUGCUUUAUGAAAAAUAGUCGUUAGCUCCUAGCUAACUUUAACGCAAAUGACCAACCAAGUUACAUCGUCAGAGUUGUUAACAAAUACUUAUGGUGUUUUAUAUUCGAUAUAAAGUUUAAAUAGUUUAUUGUCGCUUACUGUUAAAGUUUCAACAUGUUUACAGACGAAACGCUUGAUUUAAUUGGUGCAGAAUCGACAUGGAGAAAGACACAUCAGCAAACACAAGAAUCAAGAAGCUGUCAAACUCUUCCAGUUCACACAACAGAGACUGAAACACAAGCCAAAGAUGUGUCAGAAAACGGCACCCAAACACAAGACCAGAGCAGCCAAACUCUCUCAUUAGACCGAGAUUUAGCAGACUUUCCUGGCUUGGUGGACUUCAUGCAUAAAGCUGAAGAUGUGGUUAUCAGAGAACUGGUGAAAAACUCCAAGAGUCACGCUUUUGACGGGUUUGAAGUGAACUGGGAGGAACAGAAUGAGUCGGUGUCCUGCAUGUACCGUCUUCAGCAUGUUGAUGCUCAGGAAAAGAGUCUGCAAGUCACUAGUGUGUCCUGGAACUGCACUGGUUCAGUCAUAGCCUGUGGAUUUGGCCGGGUGGAUGAUGGUGAUUGGAGCAAUGAGAAGGCUUAUGUGUGCACAUGGAACGUGGACCGGCAGAACCUGAACCCAAAGCGGCCGGAUGUGAUUAUAGAUGUGGCUGCACCGGUCAUGUGUUUGUGCUUUCAUCCUGUCAGACCGUCUGUAGUUGCUGGGGGUCUGUACAGUGGUGAGGUGGUGGUUUGGGACACAAGCCGCUCACAGGACCUCAUUUUGGCUCAGACUGGCAUGUCUGCAGAUACUCACCGUGAACCAGUAUAUCAGAUAAACUGGGUCCCAUUAGCUCGCAGAGGAGACUUUUCUGUACUCAGUGCCGGUUCAGAAGGAAGAGUUCUGUUGUGGACGAUUGACAGAGUUGAAGCCAAACUCAUCUUGAGCUCUGGAUAUGCUCUUGUCCGACAGCAAAUGCCUCAGAGUGGAGCAGCAAGCAAGACCAGAGGAAGCUUGACUAUUGGAGUGACAUCUGUUGCACUUUCCCCUUGGGAUUUGGACACAUUUUUGGUGGGCUCAGAAGGUGGUCUUGUGCUCAAAUGCUCUUUCAGCAGUGAGACAGCGGCUGCAGUGCCCUCUGAUGGUGAGAGUGUGAUACUGCGGGCCCCAAUGCAGUUCUCCUUCUCACCACGAGGGGGCCCUAUACACUCAGUCCACUUCUCGCCCUUCCAUAGGAAUCUGUUUGUAAGUGUCGGGACAGAUGGUUUGGCUCACCUUCACAGUGUUCUCCAGCCUCGCCCCCUGCUGUCUCUACGGGUGUCUGAUUCGUAUGCAUUUGGGGUGAGAUGGUCACCUACACGGCCUCUAGUCUUUGCUGCAGUCACUGGACAAGGAUUGGUCCAAAUGUUUGAUUUGGGUCGAAGGUCUUCAAGGCCAGUGGCCACGAUUGACCAGAACGCAGGAGGUCAACCAGCGUAUUGCCUGGAAUUCAACCCCAAACACACAAAUCUGCUAGCAGUGGGCAAUGCAGAUGGCAGCGUCAACAUCUGGCAGCUCAGUGCGGAGUUAACAGAGCAAGGUGCCAAGGAGAUUGCUAUGCUGGAGCAACUGGCCAAUGAGGUGGCAGACUGAGUCAUUAGAGAACUGAUCAGGUGAACAACAGAAAGCUGACAAUGAUCACCUCAGGUAAACCUCAUGUGCUUUAUUCAGUGUUUAAUGCUAAAAAUAUGUGUUUGAAUGCCAUUUUACAUGAUAUUCAUUACCAUACUACUGAAAGCAGCAGCAGAUAGUUCACCUCAGAUCUUAAGAUAAAAUAAACUGUUUAAAAAUUUGAACUUUAGAACUGUGAAAUAAUGCACACCAACACAUAUCAGUGAUUCAGCAUCUACAUUUAAUGUUUAAGAGGUUUAAUAUGUAUGAAUUAGAUUAUAAACCACCAUUUCAGGAGUGAGUGCAUAUUCUGUUCUUCUGAAUGGCUCGGUAAAACACAUUUUCAAAGCAGAAUAUCUGACUUCAGCAUUGUUUUUCAGAUAAAGAAUGUUCACUUGGCAUGUUUCUUAAAUAUCUGCAAACAUAUUAUGGUGUUUUUAUGCUUUAGAACAGUCAAAAACCUACAUACGCACAUUAAAACACACACAACAAUGGUGGAGUACACGGUAUUGUUAAUAAUGCUGUAAUACAGCCUUUUCGUGAAUAUGUGUAAGCACAGAUCGUUUUGAAAACGUUGAUGAGUA